AUGCCCAAGCGUAAGCGUGUUACGCGUAAAAAGCAAACAGCAGCUAAAGGCAGCCAAAAAACUGAAGCACUAAAGCACAGCGAGCCCACCAAUGAGAGCGAUGAGCUGCCAUUGCCCAUUAGUUUUUCAUUCGAGUCCAUGGCAACGCCGCCGUUGCCAAGUCUUGCUCAAGAUGUUGAGUUAAAUACACCAAAGCAUGAACUUACCUUUGACUUUAAGCUGGAAAAUGUUGCAGCAGCUAAUGAGCCAAAACAUGAAGUAGAAGCAUUGGAUGAACUUGAUGAAAUACUGCAGCUUAUAACAACAACAACUGAGGAGCAGCAGCAAGCAACAAGUGCAAUUGAUAUUAAAGAUGAUGUUAUAGACGCAGUUAUAGCUGAUGUUAUGCAAAUUGUUAGUCCAGCGAAUUCAAGCGAAGAGCUGGCAGCGCUCAUAGAAGAGCCACAAGCAACAGAACUUAACGCUCAGAACUUAUAUGCAUCAAGUACAGAAACUGAUAUAUCCAACUCGGACUCGGAUGCUGAGCAUUUCAGCAUUAGCGAUGCCUACCCAUUGCCACCGUUAAAAGUAUACUGUGCUACUGCAGCAAAAUCCUGGGCUCACGAAAUGGCACAGGACUCGGAGCCAGAGCUAGGCAACAACUAUUCGCCCGUGAGCAUUAGAAAUCAUGAUGACAGCUCAACAGACUCGGAACCGUCAGCCAGCUGCAAAAAAGCCAAACAAGCUCAACUAGGCAGCAAAUCGGUAAAUACAUUGAUGGCUCAACAACAGCCGCUGGCAUUCAUAGCAAGUGCCAUGCAGGGCUUUGAUGCAGCAAUGCAGUCCACAGUGCAUGCCACCAAAGCCAGCACAGAUGAGAGCGCCAGCAGCAGCAGAAGCAGCAGCAGCAGCAGCAGCAAUGAAACUGACAACGUUGGCACGCCAAAGCAAAAGGCGACAGCUGAAACAAAAGCAACAAGCUCACCAAAAGUGGAAACAGUGCCACUCGAAACUAACGCGCAAACUAAUACAAAUGCCAAGGAUAGCGAAAGCGAUGAUUCGAAUUGGCAGCGUCAAUGCAGCUCAAAGCCUGCGCCUAGAGCAAACCAAGCUGGACGUGAUUUCUACGAGGAUGUUGGCUCCAGCGAUGAUGAAUGGCUGCGCAGCGAUGACAACAUCAAGGAGCUGCGCAGCACGCAUUUGCUGGAUGAUUAUGAAAAGGUUUUCGAGCAGCUGCGCCAGCUUAUUGAACAGCUGCCCAAUCGCUUUAAGUACGAGGCGCAUGGUCUUAUGUUUCCGCUGCUGGCGCUUGUCUAUUUGAAGCUCAUAGCUGUGGGCAGAUAUCGCAAGGGCAAAACAUUUGUCGAAAGCGCAAUGCGUUAUAUGGGCAACGCCUAUAGUGGGCGUGUCGAUAAGCUGCUGAGCAUGCAAACGCUCGAUGACAUACCCAAGCAGGCGCGCAAGCUGCUGGUGGCCAGUGAGGAGCGCAUUGUGGUUAAGCUCUACGAGGACUGCUUAAGCAUAUUGGUAAUACAUAUGCGCACUUGGCCCAAACGCUUGCAAACUGUAUGGCUAAAGCACUUUGAGCUGCAGCUAGCGCCGCAGCCCGCCGCGCCUUGUCAGCUGCCAACUGUGGGCAGCACGCUGCUGGAGAAAGUCUUCUGGGGCACCACAGAGACUGCGGCCGAAGUUAGUGUUAGCAGUCCGCAGGCUAGAAAACGCAAACGCGCGCGCAAGCUGAAGCCAUCGCCGACGCGUCAGACUAAUAUGCCCAGCGGCAAUCGUCUGUAUACGCCGCUGCUGCGACGCUGGGAGCUGGAGCGGCAGAAGGAAGACGAGGAGCGCCGUGUGCCGCUCAAUCGCGAGCAGCUGCCUUCGGUUUAUCUGUACACAGCCAGUGCCAGCAGCAUGGAAACUGUUGUCUGCGCCAGCUUCUCCAACAAGUGCAGCAUUCUGUGCCUCGGCACUGUCGCCUCGGCCAUACACAUUUAUUCGCUAACAGCCUGCAAGCUGCUGCAGCUUAAGCCAGCGAGUUGUCUCAAGCACUUGGAGCCGGGCUUCAGCGGCAUCGACGACAAUAUGAUGGAUGCCAGCAGCCGCAAGCUGCGACGCACUCUCUAUGGCCAUCAGGCUGCUGUUUAUGGCUGCGUCUUUGCGCCCAACGAUCGCUUUUUGUUAUCCUGCUCGCAGGAUCGCACUGUGCGUUGCUGGUGUUUGCUCUCCUGGAGCUGUAUCGUCAUUUAUCCGGGACAUGCCUCCGCCAUUUAUGGCAUUGUCUAUGCGCCGCUGGGCUAUUACUUUGCCACAGUCUCCGAUGAUCGCACAGCACGCGUCUGGGCGCAGGACAAUAAGAAGUCGCUUUGCAUAUUGGUGGGUCAUCUGGCUGAAGUUAUCUGCUGCAAGUUUCAUCCCAACAGACACUACUUGGCUACAGGCUCUGCGGAUUGCACGGUGCGACUUUGGGACAUUAUUAAGGCUAUACAAGUGCGCAUUUUUAGCGGCCAUCGAGAUGCUGUCAAUGCUUUGGCCUUCUCCGGCUGUGGCCGCUAUUUAGUCUCUGGCGGCGAUGAUCAUUUUGUGCUGGUGCAUGACUUGGAGAAACAGGCGCUAGUGCGUGCCUUGGCGCAUCAUACGGGCAGCAUCAAUUGCAUUGAAUUUGCACAGGAUAAUAAAAUAUUCUUGGUCGGCGGACAGGACUGUCUGCUGUCGCUUUGGGACUUUGAGCGCCUCACAAGCGAAUAUAAGCCAGAUCAGCUGAAGACUGAAACUGAAACGCAAUGCAGUGACGAUAUAUUGAUUAAUUCUUAUGCCAGCAAGGCUACACCUUUCUAUGCGCUGCGCGUCACAGCCCGAAAUUUGGUUAUGGGAGUUUGUGUGCGCUCAGCCAAUGAGGAAAGCGAGCAGUCUAAGCAGCAAGCUGAAGCGGCAGUCAAGUAUGGCGAAUGGCUAGAAUUUUUGGAUAUACUAAUACUUAAAGCUUGCUGUCCCAAGAUGAGCAAAAGUGACAGCGAGCAGCAAACCGAAUUUGAGUCUCAUGAGCUGAUGAAAUUAGCUGAAGACACAUGUGAAGAUAAAACAGAAUCUAAAAUGGGUGACGAGCUCAAACUAGAUGACACUGAAGACAGUCAUCAAAUGCAGCAACACAAAGAAAAAGAUGAGAUAAAUAAACAGAAGGAAAAAAAGCAACCUUUAGGAGAAGAUGCUCCAACAGUAUUAGAUUCAUCUAGAAUUGCAAUUGAAAUGAAAGAAUUUAUGGAUGAGCUUGGGGACCAAGAAAACUCAGAUGAAGGGGAGGAAGAAGAAGAUAGUGAUGAGCUAAAUGUCCACCAAAACGAAGAUAUAAAGGAGCAAUUCGAAUCAGAAGAAAGUAUGACAGAAGCAGAAGAAGAAACAAAUGAACUGGAUGACCAACAAAGCCAAAAUGAAUGGGAGGAAGAAGAAGAAUAUGCUGAUGAACUGGAUGGCCAACAAACAGAAGAUAUAGAAGAGCAAUUCGAAUCAGAAGAAAGUAUGACAGAAGCAGAAGAAGAAACAAAUGAACUGGAUGACCAACAAAGCCAAAAUGAAUGGGAGGAAGAAGAAGAAUAUGCUGAUGAACUGGAUGGCCAACAAACAGAAGAUAUAGAAGAGCAAUUCGAAUCAGAAGAAAGUAUGACAGAAGUAGAAGAAGAAAUAUAUGAAUUGGAUGACCAACAAAGUCAAAAUGAGUGGGAAGAAGAAGAAGACUAUGUUGAUGAACUGGAUGGCCAACAAAACGAAGAUAUAAAGGAGCAAUUCGAGUCAGAAGAUAGUAUGACAGAAGCAGAAGAAGAAUCAGAUGAACUGGAUGAGCAACAACACCAAAAUGAAGGGGAGGACGAGGAUUUCGAGUCAGAAGAAAGUAUGACAGAUGCAGAAGAUGAAAAGAAUGAACUGAAUACCCAACAAAACCAUGAUGAAGAGGACCAAUUUAAGUCAGAAGAACCUAAUAAUAGGGUUGGUGAGGGGCAACAGAAUUCUGAAAUGUUAUCAAACAAAAUUGAACAAGAGAUAAAAGAAAAAAUAGAAAAGUCAAACCGCUUAGAAAACAAGAUAAAGAUGAAAUUGAUGAGCAGGCCCCAAAAGACGACACAAGCAAUGAAGAAGAAGCAGCUAUAGAGUAAUACUUAAUCUACUAUAUCUUUGACUGAUUUCCAAG